GCAAUAUACAAAAAUCCUUAUCUUUUUCAACUGUAAAUUGAGUUGAUUUGCAGAGACAACAAUGGCGGCAGUGAGUUUGAGUUUCAAUCUGGCGGGGGCGUUCAAGGGGCUCUCCAUCGCCUCCAGCUCCUCCUCUUCCUUUUUCAGAGGCGAUUUCGGUUCGAUUCACGUCGCUCAGCACGCCGCCGUUCUGCUCCCGAUGAAGCCGCCGCUGACGAUUGAGUCGGCGCACAAGAAAGGAGCUGGAAGCACUAAGAACGGCCGCGACUCGCCGGGGCAGAGGCUUGGAGUCAAAAUUUUCGGCGAUCAAGCGGCCAAGGCUGGCUCCAUUAUCGUCCGCCAACGCGGCACCAAGUUUCAUCCUGGCAACAACGUUGGGCUCGGCCGGGAUCACACUAUUUUCGCCUUGAUAGAUGGACUAGUGAAGUUCGAGAAGUUUGGACCAGACAAGAAAAAGAUUAGUGUCUACCCCCGUGAAGUGCAACCCGAGAACCCCAACAGUUACAGAGCACGAAAGAGGGAGUCGUUCAGAUUACAACGCGAGCGAAGAAGGGCUAGGAGGGAUAUUAGAGAAGGCAUUGUGGCUGAACCUCAACUGGUUCUUGCCUCUAUUCCUGAAGCAGAUGAAGAUGCAGCAUCUUGUUGAGUUUGGUCUAAUUAGAUAUUGCCUUUUGCCUUUUGAGUUUGUGUGUAUUUAAUUUACAUUUGGUAUUAUUUUGAGCAAAUUUCAUUGUAUAUCAAGAAAGAAUGAAGGCUUGGUUAAUUACAA